UGUCUUUCUCUCUUGCAUAAAAUUGGACAAAAGACCAAACAGAAAUUUUGUAUUAGGAGUAUUUUUUAAAACACUCUUCUUUAUUUUAGCUCCAAUUUUGAGCUCGAUCUAGGGUUUUCUCUCAGUUUGAGCCUUUAAAGUUUAUCACUUUGAGUUAGGUGUGUGCAAAGAAGUUAGAACUUCCUUCGUUUUUCGUGUUUGUGUGACUAGUGAUGGGGAAAGUGGCGGUUGGGGCGGCGGUGAUAUGUGCGGCUGCUGUGUGUGCGGCGGCGGCGCUGGUGGUGCGGCAUAGGAUGAAGUGUUCGGGGAGGUGGGCCAGGGCCAUGGCUAUAUUGAAAGAUAUGGAGGAGAAAUGUGGGACCCCAACUGGGAAGCUGAGACAGGUGGUUGAUGCGAUGACCGUUGAGAUGCACGCUGGCCUUGCAUCAGAGGGUGGUAGUAAGCUCAAGAUGCUUAUCAGCUAUGUUGACAAUCUUCCCACUGGGGAUGAGAAAGGGUUAUUCUAUGCAUUGGACCUUGGUGGCACUAACUUCCGUGUCAUACGUGUGCUGUUGGGUGGGAAAGAAGGCCGUGUUGUUAAGCAAGAAUUUGAGGAAGUUUCAAUUCCUCCACAUUUGAUGACUGGGAGUUCAGAUGAUUUGUUUGACUAUAUUGCUGCAGCCCUUGCAAAAUUUGUAGCUACAGAGGGUGAAGGACUUCAUGUUUCACCUGGUAGACAAAGAGAGUUGGGAUUUACUUUCUCAUUUCCAGUUAGACAAACAUCAAUUUCAUCAGGGAAUCUUAUUAAAUGGACGAAGGGCUUCUCUAUAGAAGAUUCGGUCGGACAAGAUGUAGUUGCGGAAUUGACUAAAGCCAUGGAAAGAGCUGGUCUUGAUAUGCGUGUUGCGGCUUUGGUGAAUGAUACUAUUGGAACAUUAGCUGGAGGUAGAUACUCAAAUCAGGAUGUGAUUGCUGCUGUAAUAUUGGGUACUGGAACUAAUGCAGCAUAUGUAGAACGAGCAUAUGCUAUUCCCAAGUGGCACGGUCUCCUACCUAAAUCAGGGGAAAUGGUUAUCAACAUGGAGUGGGGUAACUUCCGGUCAUCACACCUGCCACUAACAGAAUAUGAUCAAGCAUUGGAUGCUGAAAGUUUGAACCCUGGAGAACAGAUUUUUGAAAAAGUAAUCUCAGGUAUGUAUUUAGGAGAAAUUGUGCGCCGAGUUUUAUGCCAUAUGGCUGAAGAAGCUGCUUUUUUUGGUGAUACUGUUCCACCGAAACUGAAAAUUCCAUUCAUAUUGAGGACACCAGACAUGUCUGCAAUGCAUCAUGAUACAUCUUCAGAUUUGAGAGUGGUUGGGAACAAAUUAAAGGAUAUAUUAGAGAUACCCAAUACCUCCCUGAAAAUGAGAGAAGUUAUUGUGGAGCUUUGUGACAUUGUUGCAACUCGGGGCGCCCGCUUAUCUGCUGCAGGGAUUGUGGGCAUCCUGAAGAAAUUAGGCAGAGACACUGUAAAAGACGUGGAAAAGCAGAAGUCAGUAAUAGCUUUAGAUGGCGGGCUGUAUGAGCACUACACAAAAUUCAGUACUUGCAUGGAGAACACGGUCAAGGAGAUUCUGGGAGAGGAGGUAUCUGAGAACAUCGUAAUUGAGCACUCGAAUGAUGGUUCUGGCAUUGGAGCUGCACUCCUUGCAGCCUCUCACUCCCAAUACCUUGGGAUAGACGAGUCAUUUUCAACAUUUUGACUCUGUACAUUUGACGUUUAUUUCAUCUCCCCUUGGCUGUAUUUUUGAGCUUUUUCACAUUCCAUCACGCUAGACAUCCUAAUUUAUGGUCAUAUGGCGUGUAUAAUGAGUAACGGAUCAAAUGUGCAAUCAGGGUACCCAGUGGUUGGCUGCUAACUUGAGGGUGUGGCCUGUCAUUUUGCUUUGAUGGCCAUCAUUUUUGGUCCAAAUGCUGGGAACUAUGGUGGUACAAAAAUGUAUAAGAUGAUAAGCUCCUCUAAAAAAGGAAUAAAAUGGGAGAUGUAAACUCGUUUUUGAGUUGCUGCUUUCGGCGAAACAUUCUCUCUUGACAAUAAAACGGGAUUCUUUGGGCA